UUCACGAGCUCCACGUACGCUCUGGGAGAGGACAGGCGACGCUGUCAAGGUCUCGAAUUGGAAUAUUAGCAUCUUUUCCAGGACUUUUGCAUGGUGAGAACUGCUGCAGGGAGAACAGCAUGGAGAACAAAGUGACACAGAUCUCCCGAGAAGAUCUGGAGGACCUGAGAGAGGCUUUCAACAAAAUCGAUAUUGAUAACAGUGGCUAUGUAAGCGAUUUUGAACUUCAAGAGCUCUUUCGAGAGGCCAGCUUUAACAUUCCGGGAUACAAGGUACGGGAGAUUGUGGAGAAGUUCAUGGCAGGUGACACCAACAAAGACGAGAAGAUCAGUUUUGAAGAAUUUGUUGCGAUAUACCAAGAGAUGAGAAGCAAAGAGGUGAGAGAAACGUUCCGCAAGUGCAUCUCCAGGCGGGAUGGGAUUCGUUCGUUUGGAGGAACAUCAAAGAUCUCGAGUGAAGGAACUCAGCAUUCUUACUCAGAUGAAGAAAAAGUGGCCUUUGUGAACUGGAUCAAUAAGACCUUGGCAGAUGAUCCUGACUGCAAGCAUCUGAUCCCGAUGGACCCGGAGACCGACAGCUUAUUCAAAUCUGUGAAAGAUGGAAUAUUGCUGUGCAAAAUGAUCAACCUCUCGCAGUCAGACACCAUUGAUGAGCGGGUCAUCAACACGAAGAAAUGCACUUCAUUUACAAUGACUGAGAAUUUGGUGUUGGCUCUCAACUCUGCGUCAGCUAUUGGCUGCACGGUGGUCAACAUCGAUGCUCAGGACAUGAAAGCAGGAACCCCUCACCUCGUGCUUGGCCUCCUCUGGCAAAUCAUAAAAAUCGGCCUCUUUGCUGACAUUGAGAUCUCACGCAAUGAAGCUCUAAUUGCUUUGCUGGGUGAGUCAGAGGAGCUGGACCACCUGAUGUCAAUGUCCCCUGAGGACAUUUUGCUGCGAUGGGUCAACUAUCACCUCAAAGCUGCUGGCUGGGAACCAAUCAGAAACUUCAGUGAUGAUAUUAAGGAGAAUUUGGUGUUGGCUCUCAACUCUGCGUCAGCUAUUGGCUGCACGGUGGUCAACAUCGAUGCUCAGGACAUGAAAGCAGGAACCCCUCACCUCGUGCUUGGCCUCCUCUGGCAAAUCAUAAAAAUCGGCCUCUUUGCUGACAUUGAGAUCUCACGCAAUGAAGCUCUAAUUGCUUUGCUGGGUGAGUCAGAGGAGCUGGACCACCUGAUGUCAAUGUCCCCUGAGGACAUUUUGCUGCGAUGGGUCAACUAUCACCUCAAAGCUGCUGGCUGGGAACCAAUCAGAAACUUCAGGGAAACACGAGAGGACAGGACAUUUAGAAACUGGAUGAAUUCUCUGGGAGUUGGUCCACAUGUCAAUCACCUGUACAGUGAUCUGCACGAUGGUCUCGUCAUUCUUCAGCUGUAUGAGAGAAUCCAGGUUCCUGUUAACUGGACUAGAGUCAAUAAACCUCCCUAUUCAAUACUGGGAUCCAACAUGAAGAAGCUUGAGAAUUGUAAUUAUGCGGUCGCACUGGCCAAAAAGGAAGCAAAGUUUUCCUUAGUAGGAAUCGGUGGUGAGAAUAUCAAUGAAGGAAGCUCCAUGCACACCCUUGCAUUGGUCUGGCAGCUAAUGAGAAGGUACACACUGAAGGUUCUGUCUGACAUCGGUGACGGGGAAAAAGUCAGUGACCAAGUUAUCAUCGACUGGGUGAACAACACCUUGAAACAAGGCCAGAAAGACUCGUAUAUUAACAGCUUCAAGGAUAAAUCAAUCAGCACUAGCCUGCCAGUGAUUGAUCUGAUCGACACCAUCAUGCCCAAAGCCAUCAAAUACGAGAUGGUGAAGACCGGAGAGCUGACGCCAGAGGACAAGCUAAACAAUGCAAAAUAUGCAAUCUCAAUGGCGCGAAAAAUCGGAGUCAGGGUGUACGCCCUGCCCGAUGACCUUGUGGAGGUCAACCCCAAGAUGGUGAUGACGGUGUUUGCAUGCCUUAUGGGAAGAAGCUUGAAGAAAGUAGAUGGCUGACCUUUCUUGAAGGACACUGUCAGAAAGCACAACCCUCACCUUGCACUUUUUCUUCUCCUGACUUCCCUUCUGCCUCAUUCACCGAAACG